CACCCCCCAGUGGGCGGGUCUCUUUUCUCUCUCGGAUGCAGAUCAGUUGAUUCGGGCUGCAGCGGACUGAUCUGCACCCUAAUAUGGAGGUCGGUGAAGCUCCGCAGGACCGACAGCUGCUGCUCGCAGAGAAAAGGAAGUGGCAGACGGAGAUUGAGAAUAAGAAGCGACAGCUGGAGGACGACAGGAGAGCACUGCAGCACCUGAAGUCGAAGGCUCUGAGGGAGCGCUGGCUGCUGGAGGGAGCUUCCGGUCCGGAGCAGGACGACCGGAGGAAACAGCUGGAGCAGGACGAGGAGAAGAGCCGGAGUCUGGAGGAAAACAUAUGCAGGUUGGAAGAGGAGCUGUUUAUUUUGGAAACAGGGGGAGUGUUUGAGACCAUAACACACACUACUGUUUCAUCAGGAUCAGCUAAAGAUGUCGAGGUCAAAGUCCACAGCGUCCCUCAGCAAGACGAGGAUCAGAUCAUUCAAGCCCUUGCAGAGGUCAAAGUUCACAAAAGCCCCCGGAUGAACAAACCGAGGGGGGAGACGGAGGAGAUGAAGAGAGCCAUGUACUCGGUGGAGAUUAAAGUAGAGCGGGACAAAGUGACGGGGGAGACCCGGGUCCUCUCCGCUAACACCACACUUCCUGUUGACCUCUCUCACCACGGGGUCAAAGUGUACGAGGACGAGCGGAAAGUGGUCCACGAGAUGAACGGAGAGGACGGCGUCCAGCUGCUCAGCUUCUCCCAGGUGGAAGAGCUCAUCUUCAAAGCCGACGAGGCCUCGGUGGUCUCUCACACCGGAGACACCGUGACCUCCCUCCCCACCGCGGAGGUCCAGGAUGAGGAGGAAGAGGAAGAGGCGGCCCCGGAGCAGGUGGAGAUCCUGGAGCCGGUGGAGAUCCCAGGGGUGGAGGCGGACCCGGGCGGCAAUGUGAACGUGGAGGAGGCGAGCGCGGAGAACCCGGUCACCAUGGUGUUCAUGGGCUACCAGAGCGUGGAGGACGAGGACCAGACGAAGAAGGUCCUGGGGGUGCAGGGCAGCGUGAAGGCCGAGCUGGUGCUCAUCGAAGACGGGAAAACGUCACCGGGCGAGGCUAACACACCAUCUCCUCCUCCGGCUGCGUCACCCAAACCUGAUACCGCCUCUCCCGACGAAACGCCCGUCUUCACCGACUUGUCCCCCGCCAACAAAGAUCAAGAGGCGGCCGCCGUGACGCCGAGUAACGGGGGGACGCCAGGGGAGACGAGUGAGGUGCAGGAGAUUAAAAAGGAGAAGCAGCCGUGUAAGUGCUGCAGCAUCAUGUGAUCCUGCAGGCGGCGUCCACAGUAUAAUCACCGGGACAAAAACUACAAAAACUAAACUCCACCCACUGCCUCAGCCUAACAACAUGACUUCAUUUCCUCCUGUUUUAUAAAACCUUUCUUUACUUUUUCUAUUUCCUUGAAGCCUUUUUACUUUUGUACUCCUCAUGUUGAUUAGCUUAGCAUUAGCAUUAGCCCUGCAGUCAUGAGACCUGUACGACUAACCUCUUCCUCCUCCUGCUUCUCCUCCUCCUCCUCCUCCUCUCUCUCUCUCUCUCUCUCUCUUUAUAAGCUACAUCAUCUGAAAAAGUGAAUUAAUUUUAGACUUGUAUUUAUUUGAUUUUGUAUGUUUCUCCAGCAGAGUCUCAUGAUUCUGUUUGUCGGAGAGUUUCAGCUUUGCUUUUGGUUUUAUAA